CGCAUGCUCAGUUGUGCUAAAUCUGUAGGUCAGCAGGGAAACUCCUCAUUUGAAUACAACGAACAAGGUGAGAGAACUGUUGUUGGCUAAACGGAAGAAGCUGUAAUUGAGAGCGAGGCUGCCCCCUGCAGGUGGGAUGGAGAGGUGACGUGGGCGCCGGAAAAGAGAGGCAGAGCGAGGCGCCGGCGACCAUGACGGAAUGCUUCCUGCCCCCUAGCAACAGUCCCGGCGAGCCGCGGCGCGCGGACCACCCCGCGGGAAUGGCGCGCACGCCCAGCUCCGAGGAGAUCAGCCCCGCCAAGUUCCCGGGCCUGUACCGCGCGGGCGAGCACACGCCGCCCCGCGACGGCCACCUCGAGCCGCUCGACGCCGUCUCCGACGAGGAGAAGGAGCACGGCAAGAAGAAGAACAAGUUCAAGAAGAAGGAGAAGAGAACUGAGGGCUACGCCGCCUUCCAGGAGGACAGCUCGGCCGACGAGGCGGAGAGCCCCUCCAAGAUGAAGCGCUCCAAGGGCAUCCACUUCAGGAAGCCCAGCUUCUCCAAGAAGAAGGAGAAGGACUUCAAGGCCAAGGAGAAGCCCCGCGAGGACAGGGCCAAGGAGAAGAAGGCCAAGGACCUGACGACGGCGGCCGAGGUGGUCAAGCAGUGGAAGGAGAAGAAGAAGAAGAAGAAGCCCGCCGCCGCCGAGCCGGAGCCGCCCGCCGCCGCCGCCGCCGAGCCGCCCGCGCCGCCCGCGCCGCGGCCCGUCUUUGGUGCGCCGCUGGCCGAGGCGGCGGAGAGGACGGCGCUCUACGACGGGAUCCCGCUGCCCGCCGUCUUCCGCGAGUGCGUGGACUUCGUGGAGAGCCACGGCAUGACGUGCGAGGGCAUCUACCGCGUCUCGGGGAUGAAGUCCAAGGUGGACGAGCUGAAGGCGGCCUACGACCGCGAGGAGAGCCCGCGCCUGGAGGAGCACGACCCGCACACGGUGGCCAGCCUGCUGAAGCAGUACCUGCGCGAGCUGCCCGAGGCGCUGGCGCCGCGCGAGCUGACGGCGCGCUUCGAGGACGCGUGCGGCCGCCCCGCCGAGGCCGAGCGGCUGCGGGAGCUCCGCCGGCUCCUGGCCGAGAUGGCGCCCUGCAGCCGCCUGCUGCUGGCCUGGCUCGUCACCCACAUGGACCACGUCAUCGGCGCCGAGGCCCACACCAAGAUGAACAUCCAGAACGUCUCCAUCGUCCUCAACCCCACCGUGCAGAUUGGGAACCGGGUGCUGUACGUCUUCUUCACCCACGUGAAGGAGCUCUUUGGCGACGUCACCCUGAAGCCAGUGGUCCACCCCCUGCGCUGGUCCAACAUGGCCGCCAUGCCCCAGCUGCCCGAUACCGCAGAGAGCAUCAAGGAGGAGAUCCGCAGACAGGAGUUCCUGCUGAACAGCCUGCACCGUGACCUGCAGGCGGGGGUGAAGGACCUGUCCAAAGAGGAGCGCCUGUGGGAGGUGCAGCGCAUCCUGACGGCUCUCAAGAGAAAGCUGCGCGAGGCCAAGCGACAGGAGUGUGAAACCAAGAUUGCGCAAGAGAUCGCCAGCCUCUCCAAGGAAGACGUGUCCAAGGAGGAGAUGACGGAGAAUGAGGAGGAGGUGCUCAACAUCCUCCUGGCCCAGGAGAAUGAGGUCCUGACCGAACAGGAGGAGCUGCUGUCUCUGGAGCAGGCCCUGCGGAGGCAGAUCGCCACCGAGAAGGAAGAGAUAGAGAGGCUGAGGGCCGAGAUCGCAGACAUACAGAGCCGGCAGCAGGGGCGCAGCGAGACGGAGGAGUACUCCUCGGACAGCGAGAGCGAGAGCGAGGACGAGGAGGAGCUGCAGGUCAUCCUGGAGGACCUGCGCAAGCAGAACGAGGAGCUGGAGGUAAAGAACACGCACCUGAACCAGGCCAUCCACGAGGAGCAGGAGGCCCUCAUAGAGCUGCGGGUGCAGCUGCGCCUCCUGCAGGGGGAGAAGCUUCAGCAGGAGCAGCCGCCGCAGACUGGCCCAGAGGUCCGGGCCGUGGAGCCUGCCAAACACAGUGCCGUCUGGGACUCUGCCGCCAACGCCGACCCCGCCACCACCGCGGUCGGCACAGCCAGCAAGGAGUCCCUCAAGCCCUCCCCCAGCAAGGACCGCCAGGAGGUGAACCCGUGAGCCUUCCCAUUGUCAUCAUCAUCGUCAUCAUGGCUACCUUACUUGGGCAUGAUGGAUCCACCUGAGCAGCGCUGGUUCAGGAGAGACCCCCCCCCCCCGUUUUGUGUAAACCCUGCGAAAGUCUCUGCAUUAAGGUGUGGUAGAUUGGCUGUGGGCUGCUUGGUCAGUGUCCAUGUCUCAUUUAAUACCUGGGGUCCCCUGGGUGUGAGACAGGGGGAUGCUGGUAUUUACACUGCUCAUCCCAUUAAGAACACUGUUGACUCCCCCAGCUGCUGGAAACUAAAUGCCCUCAUCGUGACCAGGGAGUGGCGUCUUGGGUUAGCAAUUCGGUUAAUGUUACACCAACGGUUUUAGCGCAACACACUCAUCCAACCUUCCCACGUUACGUAUAUAUCAGUGAGGAGCAGUGGUAUGGUGCCCUAAAAAUAUUUUUUUCAAGAAACUUAAUUGUGGUGAAUCAUCAGCUAUUUUGAAUGGAUUGAAUUUCUGAAUAUUGUUUUAGACCUUUGUGGUCAGAUCUUAAACAUCUUCAUGUUGAUGAGAGUAUAUGUAGUGACUGACUGACGGCUUUGGGGUCAGAAUAUUAUGGCCCAUGUUAAUUCUGUACAGGUCCAAAACCACCAGGCUGCUGUUGGUGCAUUAGUACCAAUGCAGUGGAAGAGAAUUCCACCUCAGGGACCAGGAUGAAAGUGUUCCAUGGAUGUGAAUGGUGAUAUCUGGUGGUCAUGUGUAUUAUAUGGCCAUGUUCCACAUAUCCUGUGCGCAGACAGUGUAAUGGCAGCUAGAGGAACCAUGCACUCCUUACUACUGUAAAGAACAAGUAUUAUUCUUUUGCAGCACCUUAAGUCUGCUGUUGACUUCCAGGUGAUUUUAAUUCAUCUCAAAUUUAUAAUGAAUCUUAAUUUUGUGUCAGCAGUUUUGGCAUUUUGUUUGACCCAGUUUUGAAGAACCCUUUUGUCCAGGGUUAUCCAUGGUGAGAAAAGGUCCAGCAAGGUGUGCUGGCAGAAGUCUAAGAAGCUUGUUUCCUGUGUUGCAGUAAUGGAGAGGUUACAUGAAUAGAUAAGCGGCAGUGAGAAAUGCAGGCAUACAAGGUUGAUCCUUAAAGUGCCUUCAUCAGUAAUUCCCCAUGCAUCCUUAUGUUUGUGUGAUUGCAUAACUUCACCUUUAUGUGAAGCUAUAGUAUUUAGUUCAAGUUAAGGUCAGUUCUACAAUGCUAGACUUACUCAUUGAUGCUCAGGAAAGUGUGGUUGUAAUUUAACAGCUGAUCUAACCUUAAAGCAUUAUUGCUUCAUGGAUGUUGCCUUUUUUCCUUGAAUUAUUUUCACGUAAUCUUUUUUUUAACCUUGACAGAAGAUUGUGCUCAAGAACUUAAACCCAGACAAAUCAUGUGUUCAAAGCUUAUUUUGUGGUCAUUAAAGAAGCACUAUUCAUAGAAAUGUAUGUUACAGUGCAUCUGAUUUUUUCAUACAGUUUGAAUUUUUGUAGCUUGUGACCUUGGCGAAGCCAUACCAUGGAGAAUAAAAAACAUCUGGCCAAAA